CUUUUAAAUAUCUGCACUCAUUGAAAUCGUUUUGAUAAGAAACUUAAGUUCUUUUUGUCUUACCAAAACAACAUUGAAUGUUUUUUAUUUACCUUUUUACAGCCGUCUCAACAGCGCUUCCGGCAAUAAUGUGGGUGCACCAUGGCGCCAUAGUAUGUCACGUGAUUUGAGCAACGAUAUGGAUUCGAUAUUUUCACGCACUGGCGCCACACUGCCAAGAGGUGAAUAUCACAGAUUAAAAAUGGGUUUACGCAUUCCCAAAGCGCAUGCGCUACUUAACAGUAAAUGCAGCUUUCCUACUGCAACAACAACUACCACAACUACUACCAUAAUGCCAAAAACUAAAACCAAUAUUUGUACUACCACUACAAUAAGUACUACUACCACAAUACCAAAACAACAACAACAACAACAACAACAACAGCAACAACAACAAACGAAAACAAUAACUCAAACGAAAACCAGUAGUGAUCCUGGCAUUGGCAGCAGUAACCUCAGCAACAUCAAUAAUAUUAGAUAUAUUAAACCAUUUAUAGAAAAGACGAAAAAAUCCACCACAACCAUAACGGCGAGCGCCACAGCACAAUUGACUAAGCCAUCCAAUACAAAAGUGUAGAAAACAGCAAUAAUACCUAAUAAUACUAUAAUAAUCAUCAUUAAAAAAAUCCAUAAAAAAACAAAAGCAUUAAAACCACUACUACACUAAAUAUAUAAAAAAAAACCAAAAUUGGCUUUAAAUGUUUUAAAAAAAUUCGUAUAUAUUUAUUUUAUUUUGUAAAUGCCUAAUUAGUUUAUUCGACAUAUACUACUUAAUAGAAUUUUUGUGUUUUAACAUAAUUUUGUACACGCUUAACUCAACCCUGUGCUAUGUCCUAACUAUUUUUAGUUAAACUGUCUUAUCCAUGUUGUAAACACAUACGCAAAUAACAUACACACAUUCAUAGAAAAUAACAUAAAAACAUACACACAAACACGCAUAGAUAUGGACGUACAUAAGUACAUGGAAAUACUAUGUAAAAGUUUUAACAUUGACUACUUACCCUUGUGGUCAGUUGAUUAAGUCAAGUGACAUUUUGACUAGUCUUGCUAAUUUUUCUAUUGUUUAUUUAAUGUUUAUAUUUUUUUUA